UCCAGCUUCCUCUGACAUCAAAGAGCACGGCAGGGAAUUUAGAGGUUAAAUAAAAAAUAAAAAAUCCGAGAGAGACCAGGGAGGCUAGAAGAACAACCCGGACCAGAGUCCAGGACCUUCUCCCGUGCGUGUCGAGGAGCCGAGAGGAGGCAGCAGGAGGCAGCUGGAGGCGGACAUGGAGGGGAUGCAGGCGUACGGAGCCGGGAAAGCCGGCGGAGCCUUCGACCCCGUCAGCUUCUUCCAGCAGCCGCAGACCGGCCUGCGCAUCGUGUCCUGGCUCUUCUCCAUCGUGAUCUUCGGCUGCAUCGCCAACGAGGGCUACGUCAACCGCCCCGACGAGGUGGAGGAGUUCUGCAUCUUCAACCGCAACCAGAACGCCUGUAACUACGGCGUCUUCAUGGGCGCCAUGGCGUUCCUCUGCUGCGUGGCCUUCCUGGCUCUGGACGUCUACUUCCCCCAAAUCAGCAGCGUCAAAGACCGGAAGAAGGCCGUGCUGGCCGACGUCGGGCUGUCAGCCUUCUGGUCCCUCAUGUGGUUCGUGGGUUUCUGCCUGUUGGCCAACCAGUGGCAGGCGACCCGGCUGGAGGACAACCCCCUGAUGGAGGGGGGCGACGCCGCCCGGGCCGCCAUCACCUUCUCCUUCUUCUCCAUCUUCACUUGGGCGGGCCAGGCCUUCCUGGGCUUCCAGAGGUACCAGCUGGGGGCCGACUCGGCCCUCUUCUCCCAGGAGUACACGGACCCCAGCCAGGACGCGGCCGGAGCCCCCUACUCCUCCUUCGGGGGGGAGGACCUGGAGAGCCCCGUGGGGGGGGCAGGGGGGGGAGGGGCCAACAGCGAGGGGGCCUUUGACGGCACCGGGGGCUACCAGCGCCAGGACUACUGAGAUAUGAGGGCUCAUAUUAAUAUUAAGAAUAAUAUGACCACUAUUAAUAUUAUUAAUAAUAAUACCAUUAUGAAUAAUAUUACUAUUAUUACAUUACUAUUAUUAUUAUCAAUAAUAAUCGUAUUAUAAUAAUCAUAAUAGCACUAAUAUUAUUAAUAAUAAUAAAAAUAGUAAUAUUAAGAAUCAGUUCUAUAGGUUAAAAAAUAGCUGGAGUUUGAAACUGUGACCUUUUUUAUUUCCAGUAAUAUUCAUAAUAAUUUGUAUAUAAAAAUAAUAUUUAUUAUUAUUAUUAUAUUUAUUUAAUCAUCACCACUUUGGUUUCUUCAGGAUUAUUUUAGAGCUGGUUCAGUUUUCUUUUUUAAUAAAUCUGAGUCUCUCCCCGAAACAGAAAAUGAAAAACCAGCCGUCAGUUAUUAUUAAUGUGUAAACAACAACAUCACCGGGACAGGUGGGCUUACUCCGAACAUAACUGGCAUUUGUCAACAAUAAUUAAAUUCCCAAAUAAUAAUUAUU